GCUUUAGGGCAAGUUUUGCGCAGCUUUUAUGCAGCAAAAUUCGUACAAAUGUUUAUUUAAUUGUCAGUUCGUAUGCAAACCAGUAAUAUAUAAUUUAUUGUUAAUUAUAACAGCAUAGAUGACAAUCUUAUAUCAAGUUGAUUUGUUAUUUGUGUGAAAUAAAGUGGUUCAGUGAAUGAACGCGCAAUGUAGAUGGUCGCGAAGGCUGUGUUUCACAACAGGAAGAGAACAGAAGGAUGACUGCUGUUGCAUUUUGUAGUAACAGAUUUAAACUUUGAAACGAAUACUAUAUUUGUUAAACAUACAGAAGACAGUGAUGGCUGCCAUAAUCACAGAAACACAAAGCAUAAAAGAAGCUGUGACUUUCAUCAACACAAUUGAACUGAAUAAGUUAUCCAGACUUCUUUCACGAAUUCUGCAGAAACUUCACCUGAAGGAAGAGCGCACGUUUAGUGAGGAGGAAGAACAGAAACUGCAGAGUGCUCUGUCAUUGGACAAGCAGGAUCUCAGUCUGGUGCUGGAUACAGCUGCCUUCAUUCUAGAACAGACUGUCUAUCAUAAUGUGAAGCCUGCAUCCCUGAAGCAGCAGCUCGAGAAAAUCCAUCUCUCCCCAGAGACGGCGGAGGCCUUCUGCCAGGCCUGGACCACUGUCGGCCCAGAUGUCGUGGAGAAGAUCAGGCAGAGGAUUUUUGCUCCCAAAAAGCUGGAACAUGUCGGAUGGCAGCUCAACCUUCAGAUGGCCAAGUCCACCCAAGCCAAGUUGAAGGAGCCACAUGCAGUGCUGGAGCUCGGCGUCAGAAAUGAGGAUUCUGAGAGUGUGGUGGAGAACGUGUUUGUGGAGUUCAGCCACCAGGAGCUUCUUCAGUUCUACAACAAGCUAGAGAUGGUCCAAGCACAGUUGGACUCCCUCACUUGAUGCGUGUGCCAUUCUAUUUUUACAUGAUUACAGCUAUGGAGGAAGCUGUGUUGUCAUUAAAGUUCCCCAUGCACACUGACAGGACACCUAUCAUAACAAUGUGCUGGUAUAAUGAGGGAGAUCUCACAUUUCCCUGUUUGUUUGUUGACUGCGAAUGAUGUGCGUGUGUAUAUAACUGUAAUCCAACUACAUUUCAUCCUUCAAUUUAACUAUUUUUCUACCUGUGUUUUCCGAUUUGCAACAUGAAUGUUGUUGUUGAAAAAUGCAGGCAAUGUUAUUUUUAUGGAUGUUUCUAUAUGACUGCUGAUGAAACGUUACUAAUGUACAAACGUGUCAAGACAUCAUGUAUAUGUAAUCUAAAGCACUAGAGGAAUAUAUCCAUUUUGUAAUCUGAAAAGUGGCAUCGUUAUUUAUUCUCCCACCUGUAGUUUCAUCAGAUAGGAGUGUAGCGACACAGUUCAAAUCUUCGUCUCCACAGUUAGCAGGACAGAGGUUCCUAGAUGGAGCACAUUAUUUUCAAUGAGCAUUACAAAAUGGAGCCAUAUUAAAUGUGCCAUUUAAAUGAACUGAAUUGUCCAACGGUCAAGAUUUCACCAAAACAGAUAGCUACAGGUUUUUCUCUGAAGGUCUCACAUUAUUCCUUCCUCCUCACGUAAUACCUGUCAAGUCCACAUCGCUCUGAACAAAAGAAGAGGAAACCGUUGUCCCCCUCCGCCCCCAAUAAAACACUUAACGGCCUUGUAUCACAUUUAUGGAGAUUUCUAUUGAGCAAAGUUUUCAUUUCAAUUAGCUGUUUCCUACUAAACAAUUAUGUAGCCUUUGGUUCUUUUUGUAUCAACCUUAGCAGGCAGUGUCUGUGUCAAUGUGGUAAUAGGCAUGUGGAAUGGGCUCUAAAGCCGCUGUAAAACGAAUGAGUUAGUCACUCACUUAAGAGUAGGUUCUGGCAGCUGCGCCAUGCUUCUCUGCCGCAGGCAGGACAAGUUGGAGAAUAACUGAAAAAUAAAUAAAACCUUUGCUCUACUUUCGUCCUCUUUGAACUCUGGAGUGAAGAUACCAGGCGGUGAGCACUCUGAACCUGAUGUUGAAAUGCAAAAUAAAAAUACACAAAUAAAGUCACCUCUCUAGAAAACCUC